AUGUUCGGCAAACAUAAAACUAUUGAAUUCGUCAACGAAGAAAAACUCUUCGCCAAUGGGCCAAGCAUGGUGCAAGUGACAGACUUUCUGAGAAGAGUAACAUACCUCCCGAUUGAAAAGUGCAAGACAUUUCUCGGACUCAAGCAAAGCAUCAAGCAAUACAGCCUAAUAGACGCCGACUUCGCGAUAGGAGAUUGUAUACUUCACUCCGGACAUAACACGGAAGAGCUAGAUGAUCGGCAAUGGCCAGGUCUUCUACGAGCUGCAAGGUCGGUUUUCGUCUAUGUUCGCCUCAGCCGCAAACAGGCCGAUUUACCACCUCCUCCUUUGAAUGUGGAAGCACCGGCUCCAACUCGUUUGAUUGAAUAUGCUGGGCUUAGCUCGGAUGAGAGCAAGGACGAUCGCGAUAGAAUGACCGUGGCGGUGGCACAAGUAGGACGUGGAGGGACAGUUCCCAUAGCUGCCGGCCAUGACACCGACCUAGCCAGAAAUGUCGAAGAGACAAAAGAGCGCCUCCAGAGUCAAGGCUACGUAGUGAACAAUGUAAAGUCACUGGAGCGCAAUAUUGAGAAGCCAAGAGUCUUCUUGCGUCCUAGCAAAGCCGAGUCUUCUAGACUAGAAUACAGCGAAGCUACUGCAUUACGCGCCGCUGCACGGAAGCACUCCUAA